UUCAAAAUGGCGUCGUCUAGGUGGUGUGUAAUGUUGGUAACCAUCAUUUUUGUGCAUUGUGUUAUUUCUGUCCGUUGCACUUCUGAGACAUGUUCUGGCGAUGACAGCAGCAAAUGCGACGGUGAAGAGAAAAAGGAUUGUGGUUGUUCCAAGAGCAGACAGCACUCAGGAUCUAAGUCAUCAAGUUCAGAGGGCGUGCAAGCAGACGACGCAAAACAAAAAUAUCACCCCCAGAGCAACAUUCAGAGUCCAUACAAAAGAACAAAUAAGAUGGUUCCAAUACCAGGAGGCAAGUUUACAAUGGGCACAGACAAACCCGUAUUUCAAGCAGAUGGUGAAGGGCCUGCAAGGAAGGUCAAGGUUGAUGCAUUUUAUCUUGAUAAGUAUGAAGUGAGCAAUGCCGAGUUCGAGCUGUUCGUGAACCAAAGUGGAUAUAAAACUGAGGCCGAGGGUUUUGGUAAUUCUUUUGUAAUGGACAAAUAUCUGAGCGAGGAAGAACUACAAAAGAUUACGCAAGCUGUCGCUGCCGCUCCCUGGUGGCUGCCAGUAGAUGGCGCUGACUGGAGACAUCCUGAAGGACCAAAAACAUCCAUAAAAGAGCGGAUGGACCACCCUGUGAUGCAUGUUUCUUGGAAUGAUGCUGUGGCCUACUGUACAUGGGCUGGCAAGAGACUUCCCACUGAGGCAGAGUUUGAGUUUGCAUGUAGGGGUGAACUGGAGAACAGAUUGUUCCCGUGGGGCAACAAGUUGAUGCCAAAGAACGAACACUGGAUGAACAUCUGGCAAGGAGAGUUCCCCAAGGACAACAGCAAGGAAGAUGGCUACUUUGGCACAUGCCCUGUGACAGCCUUCCCAGACCAAAACAAGUACGGCCUGAAGAACAUCAUAGGCAACGUGUGGGAGUGGACCAGUGACUGGUGGGAGACGACACAUACAAAAGACUUCAAGGAUAAUCCUAAAGGACCCAGCAAAGGAGAUGACAAAGUGAAGAAAGGGGGUUCAUUCCAGUGUCAUGAGUCCUACUGUUACCGGUACCGAUGUGUAGCCCGAAGUCAGAAUACACCUGAUAGCUCCGCAGCAAAUCUGGGAUUCCGAUGUGCAGCCAGCAAACUGCCUAGUUAUUUGAAAGACGCAAAUUAAUUCAUAUUUAGGAAAUUGACUUGAGAAUUUAUAAUUUGAAACUUUCAAUUUUCUUCAUAAUUACUUUUCUCUGUAAAUUUUACUUUCAUACAAAAUGCAAAUUCUAUAUCUACCUGGUAAGUAAUUACAUGUAGGUUACUGGUAUCAGGGAUCACAGGUGAACCAUUAUUCAUGAGUAUUUCAUAUUAAAGAGGGGGGAUAUCGCUAAAAUGUCUUCAUGACAAUAAUUUACCAGUACUUUAUUUAUUUUGCAUUUUUAUCUUUUCACAAAUCCAUAAUGUUUAGGAUGACAAUAAGCAUGUUCUGUGAACAAUCCAGAAAUCCAAACUGGAAAUCCAACCAGUGUUAUCACAUGUAUACACCUUGGAUAUAUACUACUCAAAACAAGUUAGAGAAGUCUGUGUGUUGCAAUACCCAUCAGCCAUGACAGAUUAACUAUACCUGGUAGUCAUAUAGGUGUUCCUUAACUUCUUUUCAGUAGUAUCAGGUGACUUCUUAAUCCUGUAAGACAAUAUUAGUUUUACCCUUAAUUUCUAAGUUAUCAUCAUAUAAUAUAAGUGAAAAAUGAAACAAAUAGGUGAUAUAUUGGGUCAACAUCAACGCCCAUCAUCAGAUUAAUGGUUUUGUAUUAGACUUUCACGUAUUUCCAAACAACAUUCAAAUUUAAUAAUAUUUGGUUUUAACUGUAUUGGUAUUUUUCUAGUACUGUCUAUUAAAAGCAAACACCCAUACCUUAUUUUUAAAAUAGUCAUUUUAUGAAUUACUUCUGAAAUAAUUUGAUGACUUAAUUCCAUUGUCAUUAUGAAAUGAACAUGAUUGGGAGAAGCUAUUUGUACUUCAGUAGACAGGUUUGAGAUUUGUUGGAUAUAAUUAGCUAUAAAGUAUUAAUUAAGCCCUGAGUGUAUACUAACAGAACUGGCAGCUGAGAGCUACACACCAUGUAUUUCAUCUUCCACCAUCUGUUGUCCAUGUUGUCUGCAUAUAGUUUUAUGCUAAAAACAUAAUAGUCUUGGUUCUCAGGCACCACCCGCAUCAUCAUAAAGUCCACUGCACAUUUUGUUUUUAUUUCCAUUUUAAUUAAAAAAAAUUAAAUCUUCAAAUAUUCUGUGUCUCGAACACACAACUCUGACAGUGAAAUGCUUCAAUACUUAAGAACAUGAUUUCACCAAAAUUAUUGUAAACAAAAUUUGGUUAUAUACUAGCUUGAACUACAACCUGCCUGCACUAUAUUUUCAAAAGCUUUGCCUGAGAACCAAUUCUUUUAUUUAUUUAAGCCAUAGGUAUGUUUUUAUUGUAUGCAUUUUCUAAAGCGGAAUUUUUCCAAGAUAUUACACUGACAUAUAUAUAUAUAUAUAUUUAUGAAUAUAUUUUUUCAAUAAUUUGAUACUAAUCAGUCUUAUGAUUUUAUUCUUUAUAUACUGUAUAAAAUGUUAAUGUGAAAACAUAACCGUGCCUUAAGGCCGCCAAUAAUUAAUUACUAGAUUUUCAUCCAUAUUUAUAAAAAUGUGUUGAAAGGGGCAGUUUAUUUUCAUGAUUUAACUUCACUACAAACUAAUUGGAAAAUGUAAAUUAACUGCCUGUGGAUGUGAUUCAAAUCAAGCAUAUGUUUAGGGUACGUUGAAUUUGGUGUAUUGUACGAUGGGAAAAAAGACGGUAACAUACAUUUCAUUUUCUGAAGGUACUUUGGGAAAAUAAAAUGAUGUGAGGCAGGGUGUUUUGUAGUAAGGUGGUAGGGAUGAAAAUCUAAUAAUUAUUUUUUAUGGUCUAAGACUUUUAUUCUAGGGAGGAGGGUGAUAGAGAGAAUUGGGGUAGGAUGGGACUUUCAUUGGGGAGCAGUCUUGCUUGUGUCCAGUCUCAUGAACUACCUACGGAUGUGAUUCACAUGAAUGUUUGGUGUGUUUUACAAUCUCAUUAAAAUCAGACCUUAGUUCUCGCUACCGCUAAACAAAGAUCUGAAGACAUCCCAUUAGGGGUCACGUCAGAACGACCUUUCAUCCGACCAAUGUGAUCGUUGCUUACCAGAUCGGAAUGUGAUUUCUGAUCAUACAACCUCGAAAACUUUAACAUGGGGUUUUCCGAAUAAUAGUUACUGGUUUAACGACUGAAUCCAUACAAUGUAGACCAUCUAUUAGCCAUUC